UUACACCGCCCCAGGGGGCUGAUCUGGCCCAAGGCAUCCCAACCGGUUCCCCCUCGCUCUCCCCAGCGGCUCCAUUUUACGCAAAGGAAAAAGGGGAGGCUGGAGGUGGUGGGUGUAAAAAAAAAAAAAAUGUUUGCAGCCGAAUUAAAAGCUUGAUCGAGGCUGGGGGUGACGGAGAAGAGAACGAGAGCGAUCGGGGGGAGGGACCGAGCGAAGUGGGCAGGCGCUUUGCGCGCAUGCUCCUCGGCGCGACUCCAUGUGGAAGACGCGCAUUUGAUAAAGGGAGGGGGAGACGGCAGGAGGAGGAUUAGGGAGAGGAGGAGGAAUCUAGCCGGCUGGUUUAAAAUAGGAGGCUUCUUCGCUUCCCUCCCCCCACUUUUGGAGGGGGUGGGGUAACAAACAGACAACCCACCCAGCAACCUUAGGUCAUCUUAACCAGAAGCGGAUCUCCCUCCUUCCUUUUAUCGGGAUUGCACCAGCGGCUUUUGUGCCUUGCCAUCCAAUCGCCCCUGUCAGGAGGACUGGAGUGCCUCUUCAGAACUCAUGAAUGUCUGGGACAGUGGCUAAAGAAAGCGGUGGUUGUCCCGCUGGGAACUCCCUUCUCUUUGCCUGUCUUCCAAGCAGGAGGUGGCUCAGUCAGUAUGUGAUAGAAUUCUGUCACUGACAUCCAUGUUGGAAAAGACACUGCCUGAAUUAUACCAGAGCACCAUAAUGACUGAAGAAGCUUGCAGGACACGAAGUCAGAAGCGAGCACUUGAGCGAGAGAUCACGCAGAACGACGUGGACAGUAAAAAGAUGAAGCUGGACAAAGGACUUUUGGGGGGGCCCGAGGCAAAUGCCGAGGGUGCGGACCUUAAGAUAAAGACUGAUUCUGGAUCCAGGAGAGUCCAAGGAUUAUUGAAAGGCGGGGAGAUGAAAGCCACAAUCAAACUGGAGGUGCCGACGGGAGACGAACCAGUGGACAUGAGCACCUCAAAAAGUGACCCAAAGCGAGAGAGGAGAGUUCCUUCGCCUGAUGUCAUAGUGCUAUCGGACAAUGAGCCCUCAAGCCCUAGAAUGAACGGGUUGACGAAAAUUGCAUUAAAAGAGACCAGCGCGGAGGUGCUGAUGAAAAGCAGCCAGGAAGAACGGGAGCGAAUAAUCAAGCAGCUGAUGGAUGAGCUGCGGCUAGAAGAAGCCAAACUGGUGCUGUUGAAGAAACUACGGCAGAGUCAGAUACAGAAAGAGACAACAGCUCAAAAGCCUGCUGGUUCCUCAGGAAAUGCAGUGGCAACCCCUCCCCCCUUAGUGCGAGGGACACAGAACAUUGCCUCCAGCAAGUCUGCCCUCCUUCAGAACUCUUCUUCGCGUAUUUCCGGGACUGUUAUACCUCCCCCGUUGAUCCGGGGAGGGCAGCAGGCCUCCUCGAAGCUGGGCUCUCAGCAGAACACGCAGAUAGUAAUGCCGCCUCUGGUCAGAGGAGCGCAGCAAAUCCACAACAUCCGCCAACACUCCAGCUCGGGGCCGCCUCCGCUGCUCCUUGCCCCACGGGCGUCCGUCCCCAGCGUGCAGAUACAGGGUCAGCGGAUCAUACAGCAGGGCCUCAUCCGUGUCGCCAAUGUCCCCAACGCGAGCUUGCUGGUCAACAUCCCACAGGCCUCCCCAACUUCGCUCAAAGGUACGGCCGUGACGUCUGCCCAGGCCAACGCAGCCACCACGACCAGUGGUGCGGCCAUCGUCAACUCCAACGACUCACCAGCCAGUCGGCAAGCGGCCGCCAAGCUCGCGCUGCGGAAGCAGCUGGAGAAGACACUGUUGGAGAUCCCUCCUCCCAAGCCACCAGCUCCCGAAAUGAACUUCCUGCCAAGCGCAGCCAAUAACGAGUUCAUUUACCUGGUUGGCUUGGAGGAGGUGGUGCAGAAUCUACUAGAAGCUCAAGGCAAAGUUCCCCUGACGCCCUCUUCACAGGAGCCCUACACUUGCGUCCAAUGCAAGACGGACUUCACCUGCCGCUGGAGGGAGGAGAAGGGUGGCUCCAUCAUGUGUGAGACCUGCAUGUCCUCCAACCAGAAAAAGGCGCUGAAGGCUGAGCACACCAGCCGGCUGAAAGCCGCCUUCGUCAAGGCCCUGCAGCAGGAGCAGGAAAUCGAGCAGCGGAUAUUGCAGCAGGCGGCUUCUCCGGUUCCGACCAAGCCAGACCAGAUCGCCCAGCCGCAUCACUCACUGAAGCAGGCCUCCAGCCAGCUGCCCCGAAGUGCCAGCACCCCCCGGGGAGUCUUGCAUGCAUUUAGCCCGUCGCCCAAGUUGCAGAACGCGUCCGGUGUGUCCGUGCUUGGUGGCAGGCAAGGUAAGCGUGCUCAGAGACCCAUCGGCAAAGGAGGUGCUUACACUUGGAAGAAGACUCCCGUCAAUGCAGGUGGGGCGCUGAACUUCGUGAACCCUAGUCUCACCGUGCACAAAGCAACUUCUUCAGCUGUGGACCGCCAGCGCGAGUAUCUUCUGGAUAUGAUCCCCCCGCGAUCCAUCCCUCAAUCUGCCACCUGGAAAUAACGCAGGAACCUCCGCCUUGAGUGGAAGACGUCUACCUUUUUGUUUUUGUUUUUGUUUUUUUGUUGCCCACCCCUCCCGACCUUCUGAUUCUGCCACCCUCAUCCCAAAAUGCCACCAUGCGGUAGAAAUCUGCUCUCGAGCCUAGCUGGAUCUGCCUGUAGGGUUUGCAGGGAGGCAGAAAGGACUCUCGGAAGGGUGGUGAUGAACGUUAGGCUACCAAAUCUUGCAAGAGAGAGAGAGAUAUAAACACACACAUAUAUAUAUUUCCCUUGACAGCAAAUGCUGUCUUGGAAAGAAGAGAAGAAUCCAGUUUUAUCAUUUUUUCUUUACAUAUUUUGUCUCUGUUUUGGCGGGGGAUUGUUUUUUUUUUCCUGAUCACCACAGAACGAGGACUGUGCAGAAUAGUUUGGCUCUCGGCUGCUUUUAAUUUUCCCUUCCCGCCUUACAUUGAUAGUUAUUUUUGUUGUGUGUUUUUCCUUUUUGGUCGAUCGUACAACGGUCAUCAGCAAUUAAGGACUUCUUGCUUCCUGCUCAUGGAAAACAGAACCAGAACCCAGUGGUAGCGGACAGAAUUGGCAAAGACGGAAUGGUUCUCUCAUGUCCUCUACGGCAAUCGUAUAAAGGAUGAUGGGGUUUUUUUGUGUGUGCUUUAAAAAAAAAUCCAUCAAUAACUUUUAAAUUAUGAACACGUGCAGACGGACCAGCCCCUGCCAGAAAGGAUGGAGCAACCCAACCUGGUGCUUGCGUUUUUUCUUUCGUUCUUUUGAGUUUUCAGAAACUGGAUCCUGUUGCUGAUGGAUAUUUUGCCCUGGACACUUGAUGGUCUAAACAUUAAAAAUUACUGGACAAUUUAAACAAAAACAGCUUUUCUGAAUCUGGAUAGAACGGACAGUUGUGUGGUUUGUUUUUCUCCCAAAGAUGGCUUGUGGGGGAGGGGGCCAAGGGAGCAUGGAAGAGCUUUGAAAAGAAAGAAAAGCAACUCUUUUUUUCCCUCCCCUCAGUUGCUCUCUUCUUGGGCAAAAAAAAAAGAAAUAUUUUUUUGGCUGUCUAGGAACAGUGUGCAAUUUUGUUAGGGAUAUGGAGCAGAAGGGACCAGAAAUGUGGAAGAGGGUUGUGUUUAAAAUGAUGACAGGAGACGACUUCCUUUUGCCUCUCUUGCUGCCGAUUGCGGGUGGCGAGGCGACCUUCCCUCUUCUUGAACCGUUCCAGAUCCGGUCACUGGCUUACGGACGCAAGAGGGCCAAGGAGCGCGCUCUCCCCUGUGCAGAGUUGUCACCCUCCUUCCCUCCCCCCGCCCACCCCCACCUUUCAUUUCUCCCCAACAUGCAACUCUUCCUCCUCCUUGACCUGCAAUUCCGCCCCCCUCCACCUCACCUCCUUGCAUUUUAGUAGUCGCACCUUGGCUCACUCUCUUGCUUUCCGUCAGCUUCCCCGACAAAUCCAGCUAAACCUAGAAUCACCAGAUCUACGAUUUUGUUCCCACCCACCCCUUCUUCCCGUGCUUUUCAAAGUUAUGUUUUCUAGAGGCGGAAAUACAGACCUUUCUAAUUACUAUUCGUAAUAACAUGUUGGUACUAGAUCUAGUGCUGAUAUGGGGGUUCACUUGCAAAAACAAAAAUUAUAUAAAUAUCUAUAUCUAUAUAUAUAAAGAGGAGGGUGUGGGCGGGAGAGGUUAAUACCGUGCAUUUGAACCUUUUCUUUUUGGGGGGCGGGGGGGGCGGGACAGGGGAGGGCUCUGGUAUUUUGUUAGCUGCAAGUUAGAUACUUAAUUUAAAACUAAAAUACACCACCGUUGCUGUACAGAGGGAGGGUCCCUCUUCAGAUAUGACCCUUGUAAUAAAAAGCUCCUUCUACUUCUGUUUUUAUCUUAUUUUG